AUGCAGGACGUUCUUCUGGAGGUAUACGCGCCGUGGUGUGGCCACUGCCGCCGCCUUCAGCCAGUUUAUGAAGCCUUUGCUACCCACGUCUCAAAAUCGCGUGCCGCAGCGCAGAAUUUGCUCGUUGCAAAAAUGAACGGACCUGACCAUAAACUCACGCAACCCCACUUCCAGGUCACGAGCUAUCCCACGAUCUGGUUCAUCAAAAAGGGAAGCGGAAAGCCUAUCAAGCACACCGGAGGGCGGUCGGCGAGGGACUUGCUCAAGUUUGUCCAGGAGCAUGCGACGUCGAAGAUUGAGAUCGACCUGCCCGCGGAGGAGCCGGAGAAACCUGCGUCACAGCCCGUGCCUUCUGAGAACAACGGGCCUGUCAAGGUGAUCGUGAGGGACACGUUCGAUUCCGAGGUGCUGAAGAGUGACAAGGAUGUGUUGCUCGAGGUGUAUGCCCCGUGGUGCGGCCACUGCAAGAAGCUGGAGCCCGUGUACGAGGCGUUCGCUCAACACGCCGCGAAGUCACCGAGCGCAGCGAAGAAUCUGGUUGUGGCGAAGAUGGAUGGAACGCAAAACAAGCUCGACAGUGCGGAUUUUCAGUGGAGUGGGUUUCCUACGAUCUGGUUCAUCAAAAAGGGAAGCGGAAAGCCUAUCAAGCACAUCGGAGGGCGGUCGGCGAGGGACUUGCUCAAGUUUGUCCAGGAGCAUGCGACGUCGAAGAUUGAGAUCGACCUGCCCGCGGAGGAGCCGGAGAAACCUGCGUCACAGCCCGUGCCUUCUGAGAACAACGGGCCUGUCAAGGUGAUCGUGAGGGACACGUUCGAGUCCGAGGUGCUGAAGAGUGACAAGGAUGUGUUGCUCGAGGUGUAUGCCCCGUGGUGCGGCCACUGCAAGAAGCUGGAGCCCGUGUACGAGGCGUUCGCUCAACACGCCGCGAAGUCACCGAGCGCAGCGAAGAAUCUGGUUGUGGCGAAGAUGGAUGGAACGCAAAACAAGCUCGACAGUGCGGAUUUCCAAUGGAAGGGCUACCCCACAGUAUGGUUUGUGAAGAAGGGCUCGGAUAAACCCAUCGUAUUUUCGGGUGAACGCACAGUCGACGGGCUGAAGAAGUUCGUGUCGGAACACUCAACAGAAAGGGGGAUUUUUGAUUCCGCGCAUGACGAGUUGUGA